UACUCAUUGAUAUUCCAACUUGGGUUUGCACUUUGGACAAUGUGAAUCUUUUGACCUUCCUUCUUUUGGAGGGAACAGUUGUGCUGAACUGCUAGUUAUCCCCAAACCAAUUUCUUGGAGCAUCCUCCUGUGUUUUAAUUUCCUUCUAUUGCUAAUUGCUGCUGCUGCUACUAGCCUACAACUACUCAAGGAGGGAGGAGUCAUGGAGUGGGACUUCAAGGACUUUGCUUGGGAUUCAAAUGAUGAUGACCAGUUGGAUCAGCAGAAAGAGGAAAAUGACCUUGCUGCUUUGGUUGGUUCAAGUAGUACUAGUAGCAGAGGAGGUGAAUUAUCAUCCUUCAGUUUAGUGGAUUUGAAGCUUGGCAGUACUAGUGCUGAAGUUGUGGCUCCAAUUGCAAUAAAGCCCUCGGUUUUAGUAUCAUCAUCACCUUUGUCGACAACCAGAAGAGUUGAUCAUCAUCAGAAACUCAAAGUAUCAUCAUCGUCUAAGUCGACAUGCUUGGUUGAUGGUUGCAAGGCAGACCUGAGUGGCUGCAGGGAGUAUCAUCGCCGGCAUAGAGUCUGCGAGCUCCACUCCAAGACCCCAAUUGUGGUGAUCAGAGGUCAACAGAAGCGAUUCUGCCAGCAGUGCAGCAGAUUCCAUUCUCUGGUGGAGUUUGAUGAGGUGAAGAGAAGCUGCAGAAAACGUCUCAAUGGACACAACCAGCGCCGGAGGAAACCUAAACCAGAAUCCUUCUACUUUACUUCUAAGAGCUUCCUCUCCAAUUACAAAGGCCCCAGAAUCUUGCACUUUGGAACUCCACAGCUAUGUGCAACCACCAAUGCUAGAAGUCUGUGGCCUUUUGAGGCCAAAAGUACAGCAGAUCAUCAACCCAUGCUCUACAAUCGUCACCAGCGGUUGCACGCAGUUGAACACCAACAAAUUCCUCCCAAUUCCUUCACUAACAAUGGAGGAGCUGAUAAACAGUUCAUUUUCUUGCAGACCAAUGACCCUAAAAUUGCAACUUUCAAGCAAGCAGCAACCCCUCAAGCUUUUAUGCAAGAGCCGUUUCCAACAUUAACUGCUGCUGUAGCCUUACCACAUAGCACAAGGGCUGCUGCUGGUCCUGCAGUUUCUUUUGAUGGUACAACUCGAGGCAUUGAUUCGAGUUGUGCUCUCUAUCUUCUGUCAUCGUCAAAUCCAACACAAAGUAUGGUGAACAACAGUCUAAGCGACUUGGUUCAGUCCAAUGUGGUCACCAAUACUGAUUCAGGUCAUCAGCAACUCCAAAUGAAGAGUUUCUCUGAAUUCCCAUCAUAUUGCUCAAAUAAUCAUGUGGAGGACAAGUAUUUUCUGAGGCCUGAUCCUGAUGGCUUGUUGGACACUGGGGCUCAAAUGCUUCCAAUUUUAUUGGAGUAAUAUUUUGUUUAUAUGAAUCGUGUUUUUUUAUCUUGAAUAAAUUAUCUGCUGGAGAUAGUCAACUAAUUAUUCAGACCUCCCCAAGCUUUUAAUAUUUUGGCAAGUCUGUCAAAUGCAGUUCUUAUUGUAUUGAUUUCUUUCCUCCCAGAUACCAGCUGAUUGUUCUGACUUCUGAACACUCUUCAUGCUUGUAUUUGUGUUUUGAUGAACAAAGUAAUUAAUAAUUACUCA